GUGAACCGACCGUCACCCGGCAGCCUAGACAGUCAGACAGAUGCGAGGAGGCGGUCAGUUAGUCCAGCUGAAGUGCCACAUAAUCAAAUAAAAGUCGGUCAUUAUCGAGUCACAAAGGCUGGUUCAGGUCAUCUGGUCAUGGCUAAAGACCCUUUGGCAGAAGCUGGUCUUCAUUUUGAUGAACUCAACAAACUGCGAGUACUUGAGCCUGAUGUGAGCCAGAAAACCACUGAGCUCAAUGAGGAAUGUGAGGACUUUGUUGACAAGAUCGGUCAGUUUCAGAAAAUCGUAGGUGGACUUAUUGAACUUGUGGAUGAGCUAGCAAAGGAAGCCGAAACUGAAAAAAUGAAGGCCAUAGGUGCAAGAAAUUUGCUGAAAUCGGUUGAAAAGCAACGGGAGGCUCAGCAGCAACAGCUCCAGGCUCUGAUUGCAGAAAAGAAAAUGCAGUUGGAAAGGUAUCGAAUAGAAUAUGAAGCUCUUCAGAAAGUCGAAGCAGAGCAGAAUGAAUUCAUCGAUCAGUUUAUACUACAGAAAUAAGAGUGCUGUUUCCUCUUUCUGUUGGACAGGAAAAAUGAUGCUGUGCAUCUUGAUUUACAACAACUUCCUAAUAAGUGCAAGGUCCCUAACUAGGUUAACUGAACUGACCAGUUAAUAGGUGACAACCGAUGUCCAUUUCAGCCUCGACUUCUGACUCUAUUGUGUAAACAUUGAGUGCUUUUGCAUGGCCAGUGAAAGGAGGCACAUACUUGUAAUCUUUCCAACCACAGAUCAUAAUCUCAGAUGAAUACUAUUUAUAUACAAAAGAAGUUAUUUAUACUAUUUAUAUGGAAAUUAGUUUGUAAAUCCGAUCUUUUUUACAGCAGGAAAAUACAGUAUUUGCAUGUUACUGUAAAUAAUUCCAUCAUGAGACAUCUUCAGGUAAAUAGUUUUCUGUAUGAUUUGUAUUUCAACUGCUGUGACUUGAACUCAUCCGGUGUCAUUUCAUCAUUUCCACAUGGCAUUUUUAUUGUCUGCUCAUGGGACCACAACCAAAAUAUUUUCCGUAGAUGUCAUUGAAAGCUCAUUUAUUGUUUGUUUACAUUUACCAUUUAGAUUAUCAAGUGUGUAGUCAAUACGUGACAAACUUCAUACAGAUUUGAAGUACGUUUGAAUAAAAAUAUAUUUUGCAUUUACGUUGUCAUCAGUAAACAAUUACAAUGAGGUUGAAAAUGGCACAUAUAAUCACAUUUUAUCAAGACACACUCAUAAGAGGAAUGUGUAGAUAGGAUGAACUGUAUCUAUCUUUGUUUCUUGGACUUUGAGGAAGCGUUUCCUUUCGGAGAGGUUGAGUUAUAUGUUGAACUGAAGAGCAUGGUGAGCAAUAUCAUGAUAGGGAUGAUGAGGUACGGAGCAUAAAUGGACACCAGGGUCAGACGUUCUUUCAGGGUUUGGGGUCCUGGAUGUGGCGCAGAUGGAAAGUUAUAAAAAAGCACGUGGCUUAAAAUGGGGAUCAGAGUAGUGGCCACAUGAACGGAAUAAAUGAUUGCUGGAGUUCUGAUCCAUUUGCAGCCACCUGUUAAACAGACAAAUACAUCAGUUAGCAGGAAUAAUGAUUCGCCACUAGAUGUCAGUACUGUGUCAUUUGAAACUGAUUUGACAAAUCAUUAACACGCAUUAUCCAGUUUGAGUCGAACACAACUGACCCUUCAUGAAGGCGUAUGCCGCAAUUGGGAAAAAGGGCAGCUGCACAAGAGCCUCGCAGAAUACAAAAGAUUUAAACCACACAGGUGGGUCCAUCAUCAUCG